AUGCCCUGGCCGACCCAGAUACCAGCUCUGAUUAUUUAUGGUCUUUACAAUCUAUGUUCUGCCAUUAGAAUCCUCCCUGUUCACUAUAGCUACAUGUAUAUAUACGCAGCAACCAUCACAGUAAAGGCAUUGAGCUUAGUUCACUCAUUCAUUGAGAUGUUUACAUCUCAUGAAGCCGAUUCACGCCCAUUAGUUCAUUGCAAAGUCGACUGA